GAAGUGACGCGUGGGAGCGCGGCACGCGGCGCCAGGGGGCCUGAGGGGGAGCGAGGGCCGCGCCAUGGCGGCGGCGGCGGGCGGGCGGCGGGAGCUGCUGGCCCUCAUCCACCAGCACCUGCUGAGGGCUGGGUACGCCAGGGCGGCGCGGGAGCUGCAGGCACAGCUCGGGCAGAAGCUGCUGCCUUCCCUGGCCACCUCUCUGGAGGAGAUCUUCACCCACUGGGAGAAAACUCCCUCGAAUGCCAGGAGAAGGAAGGUGAGCGAUGACGAGGCAGCCAUCCCAGAGAAGAUCAGAGUUCCUGAUCCCGUGAGCAGCUCGGAGAGCUCAGAGAAAGAAGAGGACGAGAAAGAGAAGAUAAAACCCGUGAACGCAGCCAGCCGUGCCCUGGUCACGAACUCAGCAGUGAGUGUAGAAAGCAGUGAAGAUGACGACUCCUCAUCAGAAGAAGAAAUGCCAGCUGGAAAAGGAGCAGUUAAGGUGCCACCAGCUGUGGAGAGCAGCAAAGCUGCCAACUCGCUGCAUUCUCCUCACAAACCCAGUGUUCCAGUGGGCAAAGCAGCGCUGCCUUCUGCUGCAAACAGAACUGUGGGCUUGAAUAAGCAGCAGCCCAGUGCACCGGCUGCGUCUCCGGCCAAAGCUGGGCAGAAACAGCCUGCUCCUGGGAAGCCCGCACAGGCUGCAACAGCCGUGAGCAAAGGAGGGCAAAGCAAAGCACCGGUAACAACCAAAGCAGCCGAAAGCUCCAGCUCCAGCAGCAGCAGUGGCAGCAGCAGCUCCUCAUCGGACAGCGAGGAGGAAAAGGAGGCUCCUGCUGCGAAGCCCCCAGCCCCCAAAGUGGAACCGAAGCAGGCAGCUGGGGCCGCAGAGAGCAGCAGCAGCAGUGAGGAAUCAAGCAGUGAGACAUCUGAGGAGGAGGAGCUUGCCACUCCAGCAGUCCAGGCAAAGCCAGCUAUGAAAGCAGCGCAGGUUAACGCAACGCCUGUGAAAAGCCCACCUGCUGCUGCAGCGCCCGCCAAGAAGAGCGCAGCGAGGCCAACAGCAGUGCCACCGAGCCAGGCCAAGCCCACCCCAACGACGCUUCCUGGGGCCGUGAAGCCUGAGGACAGCUCGGAGAGCAGCGACUCCUCAGACAGCGAAGAGGAGAAACCUCCAGCAGGACCCCAAACGAAGCCACCUCCAAAACCCUCCCAGGCCAUCCCACCCCCAGUGAAAACCACACCAGCAGCAUCGCUCGCCAGCAAAGCAGCUCCAGCAAAACCCCUUCCGCUGUCCCAGGGGAAGCCAGCCCCAAAACCAGCAGUGCCAAAGCAGGCUAAAACCCUGCCGGGAAGGACUGCUGCUCCCGCAAAGCCUGCUGAAAGCAUAAAGCCGGAGGAGAGCACUGACUCCUCGAGCAGCGAAGAGGAGGAUCUGCCUGUGCCUGUCAGCCAGAAGAGGUUAACAGAACAGCCUGGGCCCGUUCCCAACCUGAGCCAGGCGAAAGCCGGGGUGCCCGAGAAGGCAGCGGGAAGCACUUUGAAAAGCCCAACCUCAGAGAGCGGGAGCAGCGACUCGUCUGACAGCGAGGAGGAGUCCCCGGUGGCACAGCCGCAGCCUCCGCAGGCUGCAAAAACCAACGCCGUGCCCCAGCCAACGAGUGUGAGGAAGGCCCCAGCUCCCACGCCAGCCCCGCUGCCAGCCCCAGCCCCUCCUCCUGUGGACAGCAGCGAUGAUUCCAGCGAGGAGUCGGACUCGGAUGAGGAAGUGGUUCCCCCCACGCAGAGCCUGUCCCAGCAGAACAUCAGACCAAGCACGGCUUCCAGCACAGCGGCUGCCAAGGCUGUUGCCCCGUCCCCUUCUGGGAAGGGGACAAAAACGCCUGCUGUCCCUCCGCUGUGCAGGGUGCCUGAGAGCUCGGGGAGCAGCACGGUGGUGGGAGAGGCCCUUCCUCCUCCUUGCCUAAAGCAGACGGCCUCCCCAGGGAAAGCUCCUGCAGCCAACGCUGCUGCCCCCCAGCCUCCUCCAGUGCUGAGGAGCCCCACGGACAAGUCAAAGAAGCCAGGCCCGCAGCCAGCACAGGACUCCAGGCUGAGCCAGGCUGUGCCCCCCAGCCAGCCAGAGGAGAGCUCGGACAGCAGCAGCUCCUCCGACAGCGAGGAGGAGACGCCCAAGCAGCCCCCUAAACCCGCAGGCGUGCUGCAGAAAGCAGGAGGGACUGAGCCAGGCCACAGCUCUUCCUCAGACUCCAGCGAGGAAGAGGAGGCAGUGUCACAGUCCCUCCUCGCAGGCUAUCCGGGCCCCUCCAGCACCCCAGCAGCACCUCAGGCACCAAAGACAGCUCCCCCCCAGCCUGUGAGCAAAGCAGGGCAACGAAAAGCAGCCGUGCCUGCCGCUAAUUCCCUCGCCAAGGUCCCUGUGAGAGCAGCCCCAGCUGACAGCGACAGCAGCGACUCGGAAACAGACGUGGAGCAGGUGUCUGCAAACCACAGAGCAGAAACCAACCCCCCUCCAGGACAGGAAGCCCCAGGAGCCUCCAACAAAGAGAAGGCGGCAGGAAAAAUGGAGCCAGGUUAUACCAACCUCAAACCUUCCCCGGUCAAGAAAGCCCUGGCUGUGAAAGAGAACGAUGUCGGGGCAAAAGGGACGCCUGUGACCCCCGUGCCAGGCACGCUGCUCUCCGUCCCACAGGCAGAGGAUUCGAGCUCGGGGAGCGAAAGUGACACCGUAGCUGCCAAAAUUCCAGCACUGCAAACGUUGGGAGGGCGGGAAGAGAAAAAGAAGAAGAAAAAGGAGAAAAAGGAAAAAAAGGAAAAAAAGGAAAAGAAGAAAGCUUCCUCUGCAGCAGGCAAGGCUGUGAAAACAUCGAAGAGCAAAGACAAAGAGAACAAGAAGCAGAAAGCGUCGCAGAAGCGGAAACUGCCAGGAGAUGAAGGGGCCAUUGGGCAGCCUAAGGAAAAGAAGCGGAAAGAACAAGCUAAUGAAGAAGUACCCAAAAAGAAGAAGAAGAAAGCUGAUGACCUGGGGAAGCAGACAGGCAGCAAGGAGAAGAAAAAAACAAGUAAAAAAAAAAAAAGAGUGGGAAAGAAAAGAAGAGCAAAAAGGGGUCUGCAGAAGGGGAGCUGCCAGCAGACGGCUCUGCUGACGUUCAGAAGAAGAAGAAGAAGAAGAAGAAGAAAACAUCCGAGCCUGAAGGCAUGUUGUGAGAAGGUACAUGGCCCGGGGGAGCUCUCAGUCGGUCCCUCUGAGCGGCGGUAACCUUGGCCAAAUUCAGUCCUCCUGGGCCAGCCUUGGGAAGACAGUGUGCCCCCUGAGCACCCUCUGUGAGCCCAGCCGGCCCUAUGCUAGAGAGCCAGGGAGCGGAGCAGUGUCAGGAAAGCCACGUAGAAGUGUGCUGGCCUCUGGAUGUGCUUGACCUCGUCUCUAGCUGCUGAGAACUAAGCGGACGUCCAGCCGAGGCGUUGCUGUCCCCUGUCACCAGCCUCGCGGCGUCCGCGCUGACCACAGGGAGCUUGGCAGAGCGAUGCGGAUCAGCUGGCGAAGCUCUGGCCGGCUGGAAGUGGACCAGAUGGAUCUGCCCUGGCUCUGCUCAGCUGUAAGGCUGUUCCUCUCCUUCCCCAUCCCUAACUCUUUUAAAUCCUCUCCCCAAAGGUACCGCGGCCCUGUGAUUAAGGAUUUAUGGGUGAAGAUCAAACAGAAGAGCGGACAGGAAGCUCAUCAGGAGAAUUCCGACUUUUUUUUUUUAAACAAUAAUUUAUAACUUCUUUUAACUGUGACUUUUAGAGCAGAGCAGUGUAACUUUCUGCCUCCUCCUGUCCUGCUGGGGCCCAGAGCUGCAUUUAUUGCCCUCCCCAGCUGCACCAGAACUGCUCCGAGGGAGGCAGUUUGACCAGAGAAGACCCAGCUCGCGUAGGCUGCUUCCCUCCUGGUUGACACCCGGCCAUCUCUUUCUCCUCACAGAGCUCUAUUUUUAAGAGAAGAAACUUUUACUCUCUCUUUUUCCCUUCCAUGACUCGUGGUGUCAGUCCUUUUGCUGCCCAUGGAAGAGAGCUGUUUCGGUUUAGUUUUUAUUCUAACCCUGCUGGGAAUGGUUAUCGUAUCCCGGGAGUUGCACUGAGCAGCUGCUUCCAGCAGCUGUUCUCAGCCAAGGCUGCAUAUGUAUAUUUUUUUCCUUUUUUUAUGGAAUACAAAAUAAAAGGAACGGUCAGACUUGGCUUCAGGUGUGUCUGAGGGAAGAGGUGCGAGGAGCCCUUUGGUGGGGGGGCAACCCUGUGGGGUUUUGGAGGUGGGGAAGGAGGGACCAGCCCCCUCCUGCUCCUUCCCAGGCUGUGCAGCCUGGCUGUGUGCUGGCUGCCACCCUCAGCACGUGUGAGGCGUGGGCACAGCAGGGAGCUCUCCUUGCACCCCCCUUAACCCCUCCCAACUGCCUUUGAAGGUGAUUUCAGCCCCCAGAGCUGGGCAGGGGCCACUGGACAAGUGGGGUAAGGAACGUGCUGUGUACCAGUGUGCCCGCAGGGGCCCUGCAGUUUUCUUUUCCUGAAGUCUUCGUUAGGGCAAGUACCCAGCUCUGGGGCUGCUUGCUUCUGAGGCUUUCUUAUUCAAAAGUUUAUUUGAAAUAAUUAGCUUGUGACAUCGUUUAUCAAGGAAGUAUCAGAUCGGUCAGGAAGAUUAAAAGCCCCUCUGCCUCCAGGCCUGAAGUUGAAGCUGAAGGUGAGCACCUAUCCCUACAAAACUGAGUAUUAAAAAAUAAAACACGAGAAAUAGGAAGCUUUAGUAGAGCCCCUACCUACAGAUUUUAGUUAAGAAGCUGGUGGAGGUGGUUUUGCUGCGUUUAAUGUUUGUUCAGGCUAAGAAAGCAGGCGUUAGUGGCUCGAUCUUCAGCAGGAGCAAUCGCAGAGCCUGGGCUGGGGGAGAAGUGCCCUGGGGGCCAGGCACAGGGCUGGGAACCAGCUGGUGUCCUUCACACAACGCCCUCACUGCAGCUCGUACCCCACCAGCAACAGGGGAAGGGACUGGGGAUCUGCUGCGGCUGAAAAUGCUUCCAGCCUGCUCCACCUCCAGUUUUAGGAAACGUUUCCUCUGUAGCAUUUAUCCUGGGGACAGCCCCAGCCAACUCUCAUCAACCCCAGGCCAGGCCCUGGAGCAGGGGAGGGUAAGUGAUCACGGGGAAGGAGUGCCGGGGGUGUUUGGGAAAGCGAGGGAAGAGCAGAAAGGGGAUAGAGCAAAAAAAAAAAAAA